AUGCCUCCCAACCCGCCCAGAUCCUCAGUCUUGCUCCACCGGAUCAACGCCCCAACGUCUGCCGCGUCCAAUACGGCGUCGCUGCAGUGCCAAAACCAAAAGGGCGGAGGAGCGCUUCUACUCGGUAACAAUAAUAACAAUAACAAGAGGCGGGCCCCACUCCCGGAAGCGCUGGCGCGGUACCACACUCACGCGGUUGGGCCCGACCAGUGCUGCUCGGCCGUGACGCAGGAGAUCGCGGCCCCGGUGUCCACCGUGUGGUCGGUGGUCCGGCGCUUCGACAACCCGCAGGCCUACAAGAACUUCGUCAAGAGCUGCCACGUCAUCGUCGGCGACGGCGACGUGGGCACGUUGCGCGAGGUGCGGGUGAUAUCGGGGCUGCCGGCGAACAGCAGCACGGAGAGGCUGGAGAUCCUGGACGAGGAGAGCCACGUCAUAAGCUUCAGCAUGGUGGGUGGGGACCACCGGCUCUCGAACUACAAGUCGGUGACGACGCUGCACCCGUCACCCGCGGGCGGGACGGUGGUGGUGGAGUCGUACGCGGUGGACGUGCCGCAAGGGAACAGCAAGGAGGACACGUGUACGUUCGUGGACACGAUUGUUCGCUGCAACCUCCAGUCACUGGCUCAGAUCGCCGAGAAUUUAGACCGACGCAAUGAGCUAAGUCAGUGGUUGCCUAUUGAUGGUUAUACGCCGUCGUUUUGUGUUCCUUAA